AUGACAAGUAACACGAACCCCCAAAAGCGAGGCAGCGACCAGUCAGAAAAGCUCCCUGGUCCGAAAAAGUUGAGGCGCUCCAUGGCCGAUAAACCCAGCCGCCUACACAAGAUGAUCACAGUCAUUGUCGGACACUAUGAGGAGCCAUUUAUCGUUGAUAAGGGCACUCUUCUCACCAGCUCCGACUUCUUCAAGAAGACCUUGGGAACGUCGCCCAAGAACGGCGGUCCAGAAGAUGUUUAUCUGCCAGACGUUAAACCCCGAGCUUUCGAAAUCUAUCUGGGAUGGCUUGAAACCGGCUACUUCUACAUCAUGGAGGAAAACGACGUCACGGAGGGUAAGUUCGGUGAGAUGCUUAAUGACGACGAGUGUUGGAAGUGGGAUGAGUGCUACAAACUUGGUCAUGUCAUACAGGACUGUGGCUUCCAGGACGCCUGCAUCGACUGGCUUCAAGAGAAGAUGAUAUCCGAAGAAGAUUAUAUCAUGACACACGUACCUGAAACAGUAUACGGGAUCGAUGAUCAGGUUCCAGCGCAUCGCCAGUUCGUCGUUGAUAUCGCAGCUCACCUCUGGACCGACAACAGAUUCGAGGAAAUAGAAGAGGAUGAGUAUCCUUCCGAGUACUUGAUGGAUAUCCUCAAACACAUUGGUCCGAAGAUGAGGUAUGAUCAAGUAGCGCAAAAAGAGUAUGAGGACUUCUUCAAAGAUGUCGGUUGCAAGUACCAUGCGCAUAUUGCUCUCAACAAGCCUUGCUACAAGAAGACACACCCCGCCUACAAAUAA